CGAGCAGCGAAGAAUGGAUAGAGCCGCUAACGACACUCCGCUGUUAGCGUGAAACAUCAGUCACAAACAAGUCACACUGAAAACCUUUCUAUCAAGCUCCGGGUUACUCGUGUACAUCUUGUCGUGGCAGACACACACGCCGUGUCCUGAUCGUGUGGAUUUAUCACAGCGAAGGUCUACCACCUCCUUCCUGUGACAAAUGUUGAGGCCAGAGAUCAGCCUGUUCAACAACUGUUAGAGGUGACAGGGCGAGGACGGGGAGGAGUGCCGGUUUGCUGUGCCAGGUUGUGUCUCAUGAGAGUGACUGUGCCAUCCAGGCACUGCCAGUGACUAGGGCUGUGGCUGUGGUGGGCCCGGCCCAGGAGGCCUCUUCGUACAUCACUCCAGGCUCCUGCUGACCUGUGCUGCUCACACCAUGGAUCAACAGAGAGAUAAAUAUGGCGAGCGGCCCGCCAGGAGCACUAAAGUUUCCCAGGGAAGCCGCAGCGGACACUCGUCCCGACCAUCUGGCUCCUCCAGCUCAUCUGGGGUCCUCAUGGUGGGGCCGAACUUUCGAGUGGGCAAGAAGAUCGGCUGUGGAAACUUUGGUGAAUUAAAACUCGGAAAAAAUCUCUACACCAACGAGUAUGUAGCUAUUAAACUGGAACCAGUGAAGUCGAGGGCACCACAGUUGCAUUUAGAGUACCGGUUCUACAAAACACUGGGAACUACAGCUGAAGGCGUGCCCCAGGUGUUUUACUUUGGGCCCUGUGGGAAAUACAAUGCCAUGGUUCUGGAGCUGCUGGGACCGAGUCUAGAGGACCUCUUUGACCUUUGUGACAGGACCUUUUCACUGAAGACUGUCUUAAUGAUAGCUAUUCAGCUGAUUUCUCGAAUGGAGUACGUGCACUCGAAAAACCUCAUCUAUAGAGAUGUGAAACCUGAAAACUUUCUCAUCGGACGGCAAGGAAACAAAAAGGAACACAUCAUCCACAUCAUCGACUUUGGUCUGGCCAAAGAGUACAUCGACCCCGAGACCAAAAAACACAUUCCAUACAGGGAGCAUAAGAGCUUGACUGGCACUGCCCGAUAUAUGUCCAUCAAUACGCAUUUAGGCAAAGAGCAAAGCCGGCGAGACGAUCUGGAGGCCUUGGGCCACAUGUUCAUGUAUUUCCUUCGUGGGAGUCUACCAUGGCAAGGACUGAAGCAGGCCGACACGUUGAAAGAACGAUACCAGAAGAUCGGAGACACAAAACGAAACACUCCCAUCGAGGUCCUCUGUGAGAACUUCCCAGAGGAGAUGGCCACCUACCUGCGAUAUGUGAGACGGUUGGACUUCUUCGAAAAGCCCGACUAUGAAUAUCUGCGGACUCUGUUCACUGAACUGUUUGAGCGAAAAGGAUACACCUUUGACUACACUUACGACUGGGUUGGCAGGCAGAUACCCACACCAGUGGGGUCUGUCCAUAUAGACUCUGGAGCAUCUGCUGUGACGAGAGAGAGCCAUCCUCACAGAGACCGACCAUCACAGCACCCACCCAUCAGAAAUCAGACAGCGGUCUCAGAUCGACGAGGAGCAUGGGAGGUGCAGCCCACACGCCAAGCAAACUCCUCCUAUCUGACCUCCCACCUGGCAGCGGACAGGCACGGGGGCUCAGUGCAGGUGGUCAGCUCGACCAACGGGGAGCUGAACGCAGACGAUCCGGCUCAUUCCAACGCUCCCAUUACAGCUCAGGCAGAGGUGGAAGUGGUCGACGAGGCCAAGUGCUGCUGUUUCUUCAAGCGAAAACGGAAGAAGAACACGCCGAGGCACAAAUGAUCAUCCACCACCGGCCUGAAAGUUCCGAGUGUCCGGCUCAGUUGAUCGUGAUUUCAGAAAUCGAUAAGGUCCCAUUCAGAAUAAAAAGAGGGAGACAACUUUAAGAUCGUGAUUGAAUUGUUCUCUAAUGGGACCCGUUUAAAAAUGGUUUGUUGAGAUAUACAAGAUGCUUGUGUCUUUUGAUGGGAGUCCUUUUUUAAUUGUUUUUUUUUUUUUUUUUUCCCUCCUCCGAGAUGUGUGGGAAUGUUUUGCAGGCCAGUCGUCCAAACGGGGAAUCUUUUUGUUGGAAUUUUUGCAGAGGUUUUUGUUUUUUCGUCCCCAAGACACCCAGCAUUUGUGUUUUUCUCUCUUUGUUUUUGGCAUCUUUUUUGCUCCUGUUUUUCUGUGGUAUUGUAAAGGAAGAUACCGAUCUUCCUGUGGAAUCUUGCCACAUUCAGCCUGCUAUGAUUUCUGUUUUCAUUUCCCCUUCUGUCAAGUCCCGGCUCCAAACGGUUCGCCCCGCGUUAGUUUGCUAACUCAUUUUGACACAAAGCCCUUUUGGUCAUUCCUGACGUGGGACUGAAUGUAAACCUCAACACACGAGGAGCCAAGAGUGUCACUGCCUACCUUCAGGCACACAGAGCAUCAGUCUGCCAUUUGGCCCCUGCACUUUUUUUCCUCCAAAGAGGUCAACCCUGGCACUGGGACCCCGGGCCUGAGAGAACAGAAGACCAGAGACGCCUCCUGCACUGUGUUCUCUGAGGACGAUUUCUGCUCAUGCUGCUUGGUUAAAGCACUCCCCUUAACCACGCCGCUGUCAGACACACUACAGUCUCUUUUUGACUCACAUGCAGUUUUGCUCCUGUCGGCUUUGUGAUAAUGAGCAGCAACCUGACACUUGUACAUGGGGCUGGAAAAAAAAAAUGCUAUUUAUGCUAUUUAUCUCUUGGUUGCCACCAGUUUUCUUACUAAUUCUAAAACAUACACACUGAAUGUAUGGACAGAAACAUAAAUGACUGUGGAGCGUUUAUAUAAUCUGUCAUGCGCAUGGGAAGGAAAUUGCAGUUUGAGUUAAGACCAAUGUUUAAAAAAAGGAAAAAAGUGAGACCAAAACGAACUGGAUCAGAGGGUGGGAGGGUCUUAAUAAUGUGAUGGUUAAUAACGGACUGUACACCAGUACACACUGGGGGAUGUUGCUUUGGAACGACAAGAGAAACUGGCGUGAUGUGCUUUGGAGAUGGAAUCACAGCCUCUCGACGCUACUGUCCAAUGCCUUAACCCCAACCGACCAACCGACCGACCACCACAUCACAUCACCACUUGGAUAAACAAGCUGUCAGCAUGAUGGUUGCGAGAUCUGCAGCGCAAUUCUUUGGGGUCGCUUGUAUAAUAAAGCCCAAAGUUGCGGACUGUUCCCCAGCUAGUAUCAGAGCAGUUAAUGACUUCCCUUGUAACACUGAGGAUGUAUUCCCGAGAGAGAGCGAUGCCAAAUGGAAGGUUUGGUGUCAUGGUGUUAAGAUGUCCCCUGCCCCGCCUCCCCCUGCGUGUCAAGUCUGAAGACCCCCUGUGCUGCAAAGCGAUGUUUUAAGUUUGGACGACUCUGCUGAACCCACCGGCCCCUCUCCGCCUCGACGCUGAGGGAGGAAACACGAGCGAGGGCGGAUAAGUGAAAGUGUCCAUAGCAUUUUUAUGAUUUUCAUUUAGUGUCAUGGAGGACUGCCUUGAAACAAUAUCCUCGAUAUGUCACCUUGCCUAUCCUCCGAACAGAGAGUGAAUUACCGUACAUAGGUGUUUUAUUUUUUUAUUUUAUAUCUUGCUAAUGUGAAUUUUUUGUUUUUGUUUAUUUUUUUUCCAUUCCAAAUAGCCAUGGUUUUAUGGGGAAAGAGAGGGUAACAAAAAAAAGCUUGAGACCAUGACUGCACUACAUUUGUUGACCCCGGCUUUCCCUGACGAGACCCUGCCUUCUUAAUACUGUACUUUAAACGUGCUUAUUUACUUUAAUUGUAGCUGCCUCGUGUGCUAGGCCUUUUCCUAUAGGGUGCAGGGAAUACACUUUAAAUUGACUUUUAUCCCCACCCGCUCCUUUUAUUUGUGCCAUGACACCCUCCUCCCUAACAUCCACCCUUUCCUCUCUACACACACACACGCACACACAUACACAUAAAUGCACACAAUCACACAUGCAAGUCCUAGAUGAUUAAACUCUGAGCAGAGUAUGGAGAUAGAUUUGUCUCGAUGUUAUUUGUGUGAACAGAUCGACGAUCCAUGUGGUAAUGUGUAAUCUGUAAAUAUAAACCAGUCUCUGAAAAUACAAAAAAGGCAGAUUAUUUUGCAAAUAUAAAACAGAUCUGCAAAUACAGAAAAAAAUUUCCACAAAUUAAGAAAAAAAAUCUGUGAAUGUAUUUAAUUAAUAAUAAAAAAUAACAAGUGUAGAAUUGAGAUUCAAAAAUAAAAAUUGGACUCAUUAAUUUCUGCUUGGAAGUUGUAAAUGUUAGGAUGGAACAAUUGUUUAUUUAUUUGUAAAUUAAUUAAAUGUAUUCACAUAAAUUUAUAUUUUAAAAUUUAGGAAUUUAAAAAUGUAUUUAAAUUUAAUAAAAUUUAUUUAAAUUAAGAUUUAUUUGAAUUUAUUUAAAUUUAAACAUUUAUUUUUAGUCUUUGUGUUUGCAUAUACAUUUUAUAAAAAACAGUUUUUUCUUUUUUUUAUCUGGAAGUUGUUUUAUAUUUACAGAUGACACAUUAACACAUGUAUUGUUGACUUGUUCGCACAAAUAACAUCAGGACAAAUCUAUCUUGGUGUCGGAGUGUUAGAUUUGACGUUUUGUGGACCUGCUCCAUCAUCUUUUAGAAAUGUUGUAGAUGUUGCAAACUAUCUCAAUGAAUCAGUAUGUAAACCUGCUUGUUGCGUGUAUUUACACUGUAUAGCUUUCGGUUUCUUCUCACCCCCCCCCAACAUGUCAGUUACUCCGAGGUCUAAGUUAUUGUGUUAUUGAAAGUACUUGAAUAUGAAAAUCUUACGGGACCUUUUUUCUGUUUGUUUUUAUUUCCUUGGUCAUUGUCAUAGUAAUUCCACGCAUAGGAUUUGAGGGGAAUGGUGGGAAAACGGGCUAUUUGAAUGACAGGUAUUCAUUUCUUUGAGAUGUCUUAGUGCCUCUUGAGUGUGUCGGACAGGUGUGAGACUCACCUGCGGAGUCCUGUGUUAGCUGGUGUGAACGACCGGACGAGGGUCGGGGAUGGUGUUUUCACCCAGUUGCAGUCAGAUGUUGGUUUGGAGGUUUAAAAUCACAUUUUCGUCUCUGUGAAAAAUCACCGUUAGUGUACUUUGAUCUGUCGUCGGUGAAAUCCCUCAUUUGCUCAGACACCAAACCUGUGAACAUCUGCUGCCUGUGAUCGUCCCCCACAAAGCAUCAGCGGCGCCCGGACUGUUUCGUUUCAGCUACCUGAGAAAAGUUGAAAGUAUUUCUGUGUAGUGAGAUGGAUAUCCAGACUAUAUAGCCUUCAACGUUCCCCCCUGAAUUCCCUGAGUGCCAUUCCUGAGACUACUACUACUAGCCCAUGCCUUUUACCUGUGCCAGGAAAAAUAUGAAGUUGAAUGUUUUUUGACCAUUCCACCUUGUGUCCUUGACGUGUCCACUGUCAUUUUGAGAAAUUGCAGAGCAACGUGGCUCAGAUUCAGUACCAGGAAGUGUUGUUAAAGAGUGUCUGGGGAGAAAAAAGUGUUUUAUGAGUCGCUCCUGUUGGUUUCUUUCUCUUACGUUGAAACCAAUAGCAUUUUAUCGACCAUUAUUUCAGAGUUGUGACUGGUCAUCUUUGCAACAUCUGCUUCUUAAACUGUAGGUCGCCUAGCUGUUAAGCUCCCGGCUGAAAUGGUAGAUAUAGAUAUAUUACUCUGAUGUAUUUACUUUUUACUCUCUGGGCCUCAUACAGAGCGAUAUAGGAGUACUCUGUAUGGUUUGUAUCUGCAUGGCUUAUCUGGCGACGACAGCCGCGGCCUCUGUCUCCAGUGAAUCUCUCUCACCUGUCGGGCUCACGCACCGUUGGGUCAGUGAGAUGUUUCGGCUUCCAGUCCUCAUGUAAGAUAAAUAACUUUCUCAUGUCUUCUCACAGCACAUUCCAUUUCAGUUCCCAUUAUUUCUGAUGAUACUUCACUUCGGUCAGACUCGUGUUUAUGGCUUUGGUUGUGUGUAAAUCACAUUCCUGUGUGUCAAAGCUGUGUAAAUCAAAGCAAAGGACAGUUAAAAGUGUGAAUGAAUGGCUUUAGGUCUUUAUGGGUUCUCUGGCACUUUUUUCCUUGUUGCUGUACUGUAGAAUUGUCUUGGAUUUACUGUAUAUUUUUCUUUGAGGGAGAGGUUUAGGGUGACAUUUACUGCAAUAUUGUGAUGAUUAUUUGAAAAUUGUAAAUUGUACAGAGUUCACAAUUAUACUCUUUGUUCUUUCUGUUGGGAUUCCAUAUAAAAGAUGUAUUAUUUGAUUUUUUUUUGUUUUUGUUUUUGUUUCCUCUCAGACUGUGGAAAAUCAAAUUGUACAGCUCCAAGAGUUUAUCCUCCCCUCAGCAUUGUUUUUUUUUUCUUUUUCUCAGAGCUAUGAUUAAGAGAAAUCUUAAAACUGUAAAUAAAUAUUAUUGUGUUGAAAUAUGAAUGUCACUUCAAAAAUGUAUUUGAAUGAGUUAGUCAAGGGCUUCAAGAAUGAAGGACCCACAUUUCUUCUUUUUAUGGUUUCAUAUUUUUAAUUUACAGAAAGGUAAAAGUCCUUUUUAUCUGAGAUGCCUAUGGUUUUUUUUUUUUCUCCUCCUUGGAUUCAUAUAAUAUAAUGUGUCACACACGAACCUUAUAAAAUCACUUUUUAUUCCCUCCACACCUAAAGGGAAACUCCAGUUUGCACCCUUUUUUAUGUAAAAUAAAAGAUCUCUCCACCUUG